AUGUUUCCUGCCAUCAUUGUCCGAGAGGGGCAGACAGCAGCUGGACCGAGUCCAAAAAACUGUGCUGGUGAUGUAGAUCCGAGGACGGACACCCUAUCUGAUGCGGCUCUGUAUCUGUUCGCGUUCAAGGGGUACAGAAUUGAAGAAACCAUUGACAGUUGUGUGGAAUUACACGGUGAUGGAGAUAAAAGGAAAACGAAUCAAAUCAUGAGCGAUUUCUCAAGUUUGACGCUUUGCUGUCGGAUGCGCCAUGUCCUCGAAGGACUGAGUGGGACGGACAGAUCACAAUCGUAUGGACCUCGAAUGAGAGACGUUUCGGCAAGCUGA